AUUGGAUUCAUGUGUUCCAAUCACCUUCAUGGCCACAGGUGUAUAAAAUCAAGAGCCCCUAGGCAUUCUGACUGCUUCUACAAACAUCUGUGAAAGAAUGGGUCGCUCUCAGGAGCUCAUUGAAUUCAAGCGUGGUAACUUGAUAGGUUUCUACCUGUGCAACAAGUCCAUCCAUGAAAUUUCCUUGCUACUAAAUAUUCCACGGUCAACUGUUAGACGUAUUAUAACAAAGUGGAAGCAACUGGGAACAACAGCAACUCAGCCACGAAGUGGUAAGCCACGUAAAAUGACAGAGCAGGGUCAAAGAAUGCUGAAACGCAGUGCGCAGAAGUCACCAUAGCGAGUCAAUAGCUAAAGACCUCCAAAUGUCACGUGGCCUUCAGAUUAGCACAACAGUGCGCAGAGAGCUUCCUGGAAUGGGUUUCCAUGGCCAACCAGCUGCAUCCAAGCCUUACGUCAUCAAGUGCAAUGCAAAGUGUCAGAUGUAGUGGUGUAAAGCAUGCCACCACUGG